UACGCGCUGAAGCGAUUGGGGAAGCCACAGUUGGGCUGGGCUGCUAGGUGUGGCCGGCGGUGCAUGGCAACGCUUGCGCGUAACGGCUCGAGGCGUUGGAGUGAAGCCACGCUCCAUCGAUCGUGCCGUUGCACCUGCAACUCGACGGCGACGUGCCGACUUCCAGCCCCAAAGCCGCCUCCGAAGAACUCUCUUAAUCUCAACGGAAUGACGUCUCUGCCCUCACGAAGAACUUCUGGAGAUGCUGCUCACCGCAGGGGUGGAUCGGUCGUUUGGCAUUCGCUUCAAAAACCUCAUUAGCCGCUCGGUUCUGCUCCAAAUCGUUGCACAACGUUCGAACUUCAAAUGCCGGGCGUCAAGUCGACGUCUCCGGCGAGCAGAUUCCCGGAGCUCCCUCGCAUCCGGACGACUCUCCCCGUAGCCAGGGGUGACGUGGUAGUAGUAAGCGCCAAGGCGCAGUGCAAUAAUACGAAAUCGAAGGCAGAGAAGAAAGGGGAGAAGCGGCGAAAGAGUGGUACUAGGGGAGAAUGUGGUGAAUCCGCACCGUCAGCAAGGCUUUGGAGCCCGCCGUCGCUGCCGCUACGCAACCUGGAGCUGGGGAAGAGGAGGUGCUCCUGGAUCACUGCCAACUCUGAACCACUCUAUGCUGCAUUCCAUGAUGAAGAAUGGGGAGUUCCGGUCCACGAUGACCGUAAGCUGUUUGAACUGCUUGCCUUAUCACAAGCCUUGGCUGAGAUCACCUGGCCUGCUAUUUUGAGCAAGAGGGAGGAGCUUAGGGAGAUGAUUGAUGGUUGUUUCAACGAUGCAUCCGUGUGUGAAUUCAAUGAGAAGAAGAUAAACCAGCUGGCGAGGUCGAACGGAAGAACGCUGCUGUUGUCAGAGCAAAAGAUACGAGCUGUCGCCGCAAAUGCCAUGCAAAUGCAAAAGGUAGUUCAGGAAUUCGGAUCGUUCAGCAACUACUGCUGGAGCUUCGUGAACCACAGGCCCGUUACAAACGGCUUCCUCUACGCUCGCCGAGUACCCACCAAGACGCCCAAAUCUGAAGCCAUGAGCAAGGACUUGAUGCGGCGAGGCUUCCAGUGCGUCGGCCCUACGACAGUCUACUCCUUCAUGCAGGUCGCCGGGAUCGUAAACGACCAUCUGCCGUGCUGCUUCAGGUUUCAGGCGUGCAGCCCACCCCAGGGCUGCUGAGUGCCUGAGUUGGGAUUCAAGGGUCAGGACUCAGGAAGGUGUAACCAGUUAAGUCUCCGAAUUCGGCCUGAAUUUUAUCCUAUGAUUCUUUAUCGUCUAGGUAUAUAUGUUCAUUCUGUGGUUGUCUUCAGUUGUCAUUGUCAUGGCAUUUGUACAGUACAGUUUGUGGACAUAUUGUGUAGAUUGCACGAGUAUAUUAAUUGUGUGAGGUCAGGUGUGGUUGCUUUCUUAACUACAUGUAACAUAUUUGUGUUGUGGAGUGUGACAUUGACUAGCUUGAUGUACAUGGAGUUAUGGACUAUAUCGAAUGGUGUGUUGUUGUUUUCCGAA